ACUAGCGUUAGCUUUUUUUUUUUUUUCUAGCUGGAAGGUAGUUUGUAGAGGGGAUUGGGUUUUUAAAGGUAAAUAUGUGAAAUUUUGAUCUAAAAAUGUCUUCAGCUCAGCUUCAGAGAGACGCUAUCAACGAGGAGUUAAAUCCUACCGAAGAAAAAUUUACAGAUAUUGAAGAAAUCAUCAUAAAAUCAGAGGAAGAGAUCGAGGACCAGGAUAGUCAGCUGGAUUCCAGCCAAACACCACCUUUCAUCCCAAUAGAUCUCCCAGAAAAUCGUCUGUUUAAAGAGGAAGGACUUUUUUCUGAGCUCAGCCAUCAGGAGGGGAACUUCACUUUAGACCAAGAAGAGCCAGAACCUUUGCAAAUAUACCAGGGACAAGAGGAAGUAAGACAUAUACAGAUCAAAGAGGAAGAGAAGCAACUCUGCAUCAGUCAAGAUGAAGAGCAGCAUUUACUGAAACAUGAGAUUGGUGAGAUUUUGGCGUUUCCUUUCAAUGAGGAAACCCUCCACAAUGACAGGGAUCAGCUCAUCUUUCAGGCAUUCCCUGAAUUUGAGACCCAGGAUCAAGAAGGCAGCUAUUCUGAAGCCCCAGGCAAAAAGAGACAUAAAGUUUCGGAAAAAAGAGAGAGAUGCCAGAAAACAAAGCAACAGAAAGUGAUUGCCAACUGUUCAAAACAAAACACACCCCAGAAAAUGCACCAAGACCAAAAUGCAUCUUCUUAUGAAAUGUUUGGUAACAUAUUUUCUCAAAACAGUCACUUGAAUACAGACUUGACAACUCGAACAGCUGUGAAACCUUUCUCGUGUAAGACUUGUGAAAAAAGUUAUUGUACAAAAAAUGGUUUGAUAUAUCACAUGAGAAGUCACACAGGUGAGAAGCCCUUCUCAUGUACGACCUGUGGAAAGGGAUAUAGUGAAAGAAAUAGUCUAAAUUCUCACAUGAGAACUCACACAGGUGAAAAGCCUUUCUCAUGUAAGACCUGUGGAAAGAGUUACUAUGAUAAAAGUGGUUUAACUUAUCACAUGAGAACUCACACGGGUGAGAAGCCUUUCUCAUGUACAAUCUGUGGAAAGAGUUACUGUGAUAGAAGUGGGCUAACUUAUCAUAUGAGAAGUCACACAGGAGAGAGACCUUUUUCAUGUAAGAUCUGUGGGAAGAGCUACUGUGAUAGAACUGGUUUAACCAAUCACAUGAGAAGUCACACAGGUGAGAAACCUUACUCCUGUGAGAUCUGUGGGAAGAGUUACUGUGAUAGAACUAAUUUAACUGAACACAUUAGAACCCACACAGGCGAAAAACCUUUUUCAUGUGAGACAUGUGGAAAGAAGUACCGUAAAAAAAGUGGUUUAACUUAUCACAUCAGAACUCAUACCGGCGAGAGGCCUUUCUCAUGUAAGGCCUGUGAAAAAUGGUUCACUGAUAAAAGUCAUCUAGCACGUCACAUGAAAACUCACAGUGAAGAAAGACCUUUCCCAUGUAUCACCUGUGAAAAACGGUUCAACAGUAGAGGCAACUUGGCACGUCACAUGAGGACCCACACAAAGGAGAAGCCUUUCUUGUGUGUUACCUGUGGAAAAAGGUUUACUGCCAAAGAUAGUUUAACUCUUCACAUUAGAAGCCAUACAGGUGAGAAACCGUUCUCGUGUAUUGCUUGUGGAAGAAGUUUCAGUCGUAAAACCUCAUUAACUAUUCACAUGAGAAUCCAUACAGGUGAGAAGCCUUACAUGUGCAUUACGUGUAAGAAAGGUUUCAGUCUUAAAAGCCUUUUAUUAGUUCACAGGAGAACCCACACAGGUGAGAAGCCUUUCAGGUGCAUUACCUGUGAAAAACGUUUCAGUUAUAAAAGCCUUUUAACAGUUCACAUGAGAAUUCACACUGGCAGAAAGCCUUUCUCAUGUGUAAUUUGUAAAAAAGGGCUGAGUGAUAAAAAGAGUUUAAUAAAUCACAUGAGAACUCACACAGGGGAGAAGCCUUUCUCUUGCAGUAUUUGUGGGAAGGGUUACAUUACAAAAAAUUGUUUACUUUAUCACAUGCGGACUCACACAGGUGAGAAACCUUUCGCAUGUCCAACAUGUGGAAAAUGCUAUGGUGAAAAAAGUGGUUUAACUUAUCACAUGACCACUCACACAGGUGAAAGACGUUUCUCUUGUGUGAUUUGUGAAAAAGGUUUUAAAAAUAGAUAUGAUUUAAAACGUCACAUGAGAACGCAUGCAGGGAAGAUGCCAGUUUGUCAUGUGAAAAUAUGACGUGAAAAUAUUUCCACUAAAAGUAGGGCUCUGUAAAAAAUUGAUUGGAUCAAUUCAUUCAAUUUUAUGUUUAGGGGGACUUACUGGAAAAUAGGGGUUUGUUUCCAUUAAGGCACUACAUUAAUGUAUUUAAUUUAUCAUAUUUUAUAAUUAAAUAUAAUCGAGAAGAGAUUAUAAAAAUUGGUAGGAAAAAUACCAAAAAUAAAUUUUUUAGCCAUAUUGCCCUGCCCUAAUAACAAUGUCCAAUUUAUGGAAGAACUCACAAUGGCAAGAUGGUCUAAAUGUGAACCUCAAGCAUAGGAUAACAUUGUACACUGUAGCAGAUAAGUAAAAUGUAUUUCAGAUAAGAGUUUCAACUGAAAUACUUAAAACUAGCCUCUUACAUUUAAAUUUUCGUUUUUGGAAAGUAAAACUUUUUAAGUUAAGUGUUCUUUAUAGGUUUCUAAAAUGAAAUUGUGUGUGUGUGUUUUUUUUUAUAUAUGAACUUAUAGACUGCGAGUUAUUUGCACAUUAUAAUAAGAUUGUAUCAAUAUCAGGGUAAAUUUCAUACAAUAUUUAUCAAAAGAUUUUCAUUUCAAUUCAUGUUUAGUACAGUAUACUGCCAGUUAUUUAAUGACAACCUCAAAGGCAUUAGGCUUUCCAAGUCAUGAUUAUAUAUGACAUUUUGUUGUAUUUUCUGUUUUAAUAUCUUGAAUUGACUCAUUGUUAAAACUACUCAGAAUUGUACACUUAUUCUUCUUUGUAUCCUGUCUAUCCUUAAGGAUAAUGUGAUUUAAUCAUCACAUUAUCCAUUUUUCAAAAAUUAUUAAUGUGAUGAUUAAAUAUUUAACUUAAAAGGGACUAAUAACAAUUCUUAUGCAAUAAAUAAGGUUUGCAUUAUAAUCUUCCUUUUAUGAGUUUACCAGGGGAUUGUAAACAAUUUAAAAUGUUAGAGCCAAAGUUAAUGUUUGUGUUGUUUUGAGCAUGGUAGAUGUUGUGGUGUGAUGCAUGUUAUUUACCUGAUACUUGCGACCCAUCGGUUUGUUGAGUGAAAGCUCAUCUUAAACUGUUUUUAUGACUGACACUAACGCUUUAUCUUCAUAUUUCAUUAACCAUAAACAAUGUAAGACAUUGUUUUAGUUCUAAAAUAAAUAUACAAAACCUGAGUUGGACUUGGCAUGGGUCAUUGGAGGUGCAUCUCAUAACACAACCAACUUAGCCAGCUUUAUUUGUAGGUCUGAUGCAUGUACAGGGUUGGGAGGCUAAAAGAUAUAAUAGAAAGAACUUGCAAUGAAAGCUUGGUAAAAGCAAUACAUAACUACUAAGUGAUGAAAAAAAAAAUCUGAUUUUACUAUAUGAAAAGAUCCCAAGGCGAUGGGUAACAUGCAGAGGUCAAUUUCUCCAGUAAGAGAUUAAUAAAGUACAAUUAUUAUCACACCAACGAAAAAAACGUUUUUCUAUUUUUGAUAUAAUAGAAGGAACUUGCAAUGAAAGCUUUAAGUACUCAUACAGUUUUAUUUUUUAUGCCUAUGAAUAAAGAAAAAGAGAAAUGCAAACACCAAGUAAAAAGAUAAAAAAAAAAAUGUGGAGCUAAACUUGGGGCAUAGAGUAUAGGGUAAAACAUCAACAUAUUUUUACUCAAGUGAAUGUAAAAAGUAGUCACCCUAAGAAAAGUCCUUAAAAGCUUCAGACAAAAGUUGAAAUCUGACUCAUUUCAACCAAAAUUGUAUAUAUCAACAAAUGCCCACUUCUUAAUUUACUUUUAGUCAACACCGUUGAAAUUAUUCCAGUCUGAGAGUGUUUAUUUGCUUUCAGGCAAAGGGUUCACUCAGCAUAAAGAGGCAUAUAGAGGUACACUAAAAGAGCUGCAGAGGUUUGGUGAGAGGCAAUAAUUAUGUCAGCAUAAAGCCUGUGAAAGCCUUCUUAAAAGACUGGUUAUAUUAUAGUAAACGAAAGCCUACAGAGAAUUUUAAAGUGAAUUCAAAGCUUUAACUAAGAUCACAUCAGGGAGACUGAGACUUAUCAGUAUCCAGUAAAAGCAAAGGGGGGCAGCCUAGGCACUACAAAACAGCAAAGGAAAAAGAAAGUUCUUGGCAAUAAACUAAUAGAAACAAUAAAAAAACACACACAAUAUCCCGUUACCAGGGGUCACCCCAGUCAGCACUCAUAGCCUCAUUCCCUGAAACAAAAUAAAUCAUGAUCUUACUAUAUAAAAAAAACAAAAAAAGGAUUAAAAAUUCUGUAAAACUGUCCUCAUUACUGUCCAAUAAUA